AUGUACCCCAUACUUGGGGCUCGGCAUUCGAGCUUUAGCAACGUCACUUGGAGCUCUCAGCACGCCGUCACCUGUAUCGGCCCCACCACUUCUCUUCCAUCAACAUCCCGCCAAACAGAAACAAGGUCUCUGGGCGAUGAUGAGCCUCGUUUCGCGGCCAUGAUCAGCGCAUUCUUGGUUUUCAAUAACCAGGGCCAGCCUCGGCUUACCAAGUUCUACACGCAGCUGGACACGAGCAUUCAGCAGCGCCUGAUCUCCGAGAUAUUCACCCUCGUGUCGAAUCGGCCGACUGGCUCUUGCAACUUCUUGCCGCUGCCUCCUCUUCUAGCCGCUUCCAGCACGUCGCAUAGCUCGACGGAGGAGCAGAGCGACGUGCCUUCGCUGGUGACAUACCGCCAUUAUGCGACCCUCUACUUCAUCGUCAUCUCGACAUCGACGGAAUCGCCUCUUGCUUUGAUCGAUUUGAUACAAGUAUAUGUCGAGGCACUCGACAAGUUGUUUGAAAAUGUCUGCGAGCUAGACCUCAUCUUCAACUUUGAAACUUUACACGCAACAUUAUCAGAAAUGAUUAUCGGAGGCGUCGUCAUCGAAACGAGCCUAGAUCGCAUUGUCGCUGGCGUCAGAGCUCAAGGAACCGUCGCCAAACGGCCGGUAAACGAGGGACGGAGCACGAUUGGAUCGGGAAUGGGGAUUGGAGGCAACUUUGCCUGGACAGGGCGGGUAUAA